UUUCGAAGUAAGGGCGCAGGGAAUGACACGUAUGCGCAUUUCGCUGACGCAUGCCAUGCGCUGCAGCAUUGCUCUAACGUUCAUCUUUCUAUGGGCGGCUGCCCUGGUAGUCGCCAAGUUAGGCCCACCAGGGGGUCCACAGAAGCUGCACCAAGAUCCAAUGGACAGCUUUAAGGUAAUGGAAAAGUUUCAGCACGUUGUCGCCAUAUCUGACUCGGACAACGACACUGUGUUUGAAUGCCUCGCAGCAAAUCGCACGGAUAUCGAUAUCGAGGCGCAGACAGCAACCUACAUGUUUGACUUUUUUUCUUCUGGACUUCACAUACCCUUCCGCAUAUCACGAGGUGAUACACCCGGAACAGUCAGCUUUACGAUUGGCGCAGAUGCAACGCCGAUGGAAGGAAUGGUGCAUUUCACAGAUUUGGCAAAUUGCGUCGUUGUGAGCGCCGAGUACUACACAACAGACCAGUGCAUACUCUGGACCCGCAAAGAAGUCAAGGACAAUGUGCCGCAAGACUGCAUCGACCACUUUGUGGACACCUGUGGGGUGGUGGUUCCCAAACACAGUAGGGACCUGUGCCCUGAUGGAGAAGGCGACUACUAGUUUUGUCGAGUCUGAAAUUUAAAAUCUUUCCUCAUUUUCCUUAAAUCGAAGCUGGAAUAUCAACUAGUGACUCUCGAAUAAUGGUGCUACUAGACCUCAUUUCCUGAACUUCAGUUGCACUGAUAAAUUCAAAUGAAACACGCCCCUGCGAGCGAACCGAAAAUUUCGCCAUGAUAAUUUGUCGUUUGCAACAACCUGCACAUUGUACUGCUAACAUUAUCUUAUCUGAUGUAUGAAUAAUUCUGGAGUUUUAAGCUUCAGGGCGCUUUUUGGCAAUUUCUUAAAUAAUGCUUGUCCCGCACGUCUAUAACCCUCGUUAACACUCAGUUUUCCUUGUAGGUCCUUUUGGCACGCUCAGUUCCAACAUUCUCUGCAUUCAGAUGUCACUUGCCUAACGGAGGACCUAAUGCGCUUAUUAUAUCGUAGCUGUGAAGUCCUUUAUAGCGAUGACGUUCUUGUGCUCACGCAUAGAGCCUUGUUUGGUAAUAAUGUUAGCCAGUGAUGGUUUGUCCGCAAAACAGUAGGCAUAUGUUUUACAUGCACGUGCGUAAUUGAUCGGAAUGAGAUGCUUUGAAAUGUAAAGGCUACUUUUACCAGAGCAAAGAAGCACUGAAUAGGGCCUCAGUGUUUUUAUCUUUGAGCCACAUUUGAUCAGCAAAACGCAGUGCCUCGAAUGCUAUUGUACUGCGUUUCUAACUCACAAACGCGGGACAAAUAAAACAUGGUAUACAAGGAAAAGUAAUAAAAAUCAUACAAAGUGUCAUAAAAAUCAUACGAAUCAAACGUUCACCAAAGUAUUUGCAAAAUGAUAUCGGCAAUUCAUAUUAUUUCGUAACUCGUAUCUAAGAAUCGAGCACAGAUCGGCCCGCUACGGACUCCUGACCUUGCGACCUUCUUCUGUAUAUUUUUAGCGAUGUAACCAUGCUGUCAAAAAUAAACGCUUGACUUGAUUUGGUUUGAUUUGAUUUCAGGAAGUUCCUUUGUUAGUAACGUAUUCAUGAAUCCUUUUUGAGACAACUGACAGAAAGGGAUGGCAC